CAUACACACACCUCUUGUAAAUGACAUCGGCUAGCAACAAAAGAUACGCCGUGAUGAUGGUUCCGCGACGCCGACGCUGCGUGACCCUUAUUGCAGCUAUCUGUUUGCUCAACUUGGUGAUUGUCAGUUUCUUGGGGGCAGGAACCCAGAUGGAUGUGUUGAACGAUGUUACGGGACUCAUACGCGCAACUUCGUCCUCAACAGAUCCGGACGAUUUCAUAAAAUCGUUUGAGGACCAGCUGGAUUCCUUGGACAUCUCGCAGAACUACGGCAAGUACUGGAAGUUCUCCACUACUCUCAACAACGCGGUUGUAACUUUCGAUCCUUCAGAUUAUAAAACCACCCGCGAAUCCCGCUUGUUAUAUGACCCAAGAAUUACGAUGUCGGUGUACCUCAGCCACAUUCGCAGACAGCUUCUGGAGCAGGGUUCUGGGAACGCCACUCUGGCUAAAAUCGCAGUUCCGUUUUCCUGGCAAGACUGGGUGGAUCUCUCAGUUUUAAACCGAUAUCUAGAACUCCCAGAGGACCAGCGUCCCACCUGUGACGACAUUCUUUACCAGGGUCCUGCAUACAAUCCUGAACACAAAUUCAAGAACCCAAAUAGAAACAUAGACAGAGCCUGUGUUGAUAAUGAUAGAUACCUGGGUGGCACCCGUCGCGCCCUUCUUCCGGGUUUCAACUUCAAAGAUCGGACCGGAAAAAAGUCUUUCCGUGACAAGCUCAUACACGCCAAGUCGUAUCUGCUGUCCUAUGCGCCCGUGCCGACAUCCAUCGUGUUUCUCACGGAAAAUGGCUCGUACGAGGUGAACAUUUCCGGAGACGUCAACAUGCUCGAUAGCGGCUUGUUCGAUGAGUUUGUUGAAUUACAGGCCAAUGAGACGGUUGUGGCAGACGCUUCUUUGGAACACGAGAUGCUGGUCAACUCCGUGAGCCCUUCGAAAAGCGAGCUGGAUUUCGACUCACUGUUCACCGCAGAGAAGAAUUAUGAGUUUGUUAUUCCUCCUGACCGAUUCAAUUACUCGUAUGACCAGAUCAUCGAGAAUUAUGAAAAACGCAUAGAUGAGCUCGACGAAAAGCAACUACGUCACUUGCAGACUCUCAAAUACUCCAGAUCGAUUCCUUCGACGAAACUGAAAAAGUCAUUUAGAGAGGUGAACAUCAAUUGGCCUGCUACAUACAACGGCCACAAGGUGACCGAAAACGGAGGCCAUUACGAUUUCCGUUUUUUCAAUGGCUUUGUGACAGAGUCCAAGCUCAACGAGUACGACGACGUGAACGAAAAGCGCAAAAUCAUGCUUCACAGGAUUAUUCACACAUGGUUGCAAUUUACGUACAAGGAGGGUAUUGUGUCCUUUCUGGCUCAUGGCACACUUCUGAGCUGGUACUGGAACGCGUUAGUGUUCGAAUGGGAUAACGACAUUGACGUCCAGAUGCCGAUCAUGGACUUCGAUCGGUUUUGCAUGAAGUACAACAACUCGCUUAUCGUCGAGGAUGUCCAGCACGGCUACGGUAAAUACUACGUUGAUUGUGGACCUUAUCCGACACACAGAACAAAAGGAAACGGCAGAAAUAAUAUAGACGCAAGGUUCAUCGACGUGGACAGCGGAAUGUACAUUGAUAUCACCGGUUUGGCCCUGACGGAUACUAUCAAAAUACCUCCAAGAUUGGAGAGAUUGGACCGGCAGAGAAAGGCCAAUAACGAACAGGGAAAAAGUGAGGAUGCUCUCCCAGCAGAGCAAACAGAAGGACUUAGCGAUCCAGGUGCUUCUCGUAAUGUGAAGCGUGCUCCCGUCAAGUCAAACAAAGGCCCAGAGAGGUCUCCUGAAGCGUUGGAGAGAAAUAAACAACUGCAGAUAUACAAUUGCAGAAAUAACCAUUCCUACACCUAUUCCGAGCUGUCGCCACUCAAGUUGUCUAUGAUGGAAGGCUCUCCAUGUCUCAUUCCGCACGAUUUUGCCACAGUGCUCAAUUCGGAGUAUAACGGAGGUCUUCGAAAAAAACAUUUCAAUAACCAUCUAUUCAUCGAUGAGUUGAGAUUCUGGGUUUCGACAGCCACGCUUCAGCAGCACGCGUAUGCGUUGAGUGGCCAUCUCGUCAAGAACGUGGAUUUGAGAAAGUUUUACAAUUCCCACAAGCUGCCGAUGCUUCUAAAAAUGCUAGGUACCGAUGAAUUGCUCAAGGAAUUCUAUCUAACUCACAAGACCACCAAGAUGCACCUGGAAGAGUUCUCACUUAUGAACCAGCUUUCCGACCCGCAAAAAAAGGAGCGUUAUUACAGCAUCAUGGAGGAGUAUAAGCGUACUCAUGAUCCGAUGAGAAAAAGCUUACACGGAUAUAUAUCAGAGGUUGUUGCUCUUGGCGGAUACCAUCCCCAGGAAGAACCUGCCAGGUCUGCAUUGUCUGAGACGUCUGAGGAGCUGGAUAGAGUAGUUAUCACAGGGAAAAGCCAGUCUAACGCAGGUGCUAGACGGAUCCAAAAAUCCCCAACUUAGAGAUAUUUACUAACGAAAUUAAUUAUCUAUGAACUCAGUUGUAAUUAUUCCAGAAAGGGUCAGCUGCAAUAUCCUCUAGAGUGCGACUAUUGAUGAAGGGUGUGCCAGAUUCAUCCAAAUCCAAGUAGUACAGUUUAUCUAGGCC